CUUUUCGGUGCAGGUGCAGAAACUCGAAGGACGACGAUGAGAAUCUGUCGUCGGUUUUUAUGUAUGAGCAAGAAGAAGAAAUUGCGAAAAAAUCACAUGCCAACUAAUUCCCACAGGUUCUUCAUCUUGUUGAGUCUUCCCACGUCGAAUUUCUACUUCGCUUGUCGAAAAAUCAAAAAACUCAAGAACCCCCAGCAUCUUUAUUACAGUGCUCCUCGGCACUGGCUUAAAAAAUCAAAUUUGUAUGCGAAAAUUUGUUUCGAAGUACAAGUACUAGCCACCCUCAUCAAGUUCAAGGUCGUGUUAACAAGGCACGACUUUUUCUUACGUUCCAUUCUGCGAGCCUUCCUCUACUUCGUUAGGCCGCCGACCGAACAAAUAGUUCGAGUUCAUCCCCAGACGAGGGCGAUCGUUUGCGCUUGAAUCUACUGACCAGCAGGAAGAAAUACAAAAACUUCCUGGAGUUCAUCACGUCGCGUCUGCAUCAGUUUCCCUUUGGCUCUCCAGUCCGAUACUGAAACAGCACGGAAGUUUCAGAACCAUGAAGGUCGUGUCGACGCUCCUCGCCCGUCCGACCACUGCCCGGCGUCUCCUGCAAGGGGCCACGGGAGGACCACUGCUCUUCCUCUUGAAGAUGUUCGAUCUCCAACAGUUCGUCGGUGUGCUGGUGCAUCUAGAACCAGGCUUCCAGCAUGGUGCGUUCCUUCUUGUCCACGCCGUUCGCCACGAAGACCACGACAGUCGACCGGCGACAGGAACCUCGGGGGUCGUCGACCCUGGUGCAACCGAGCAGAGCGGGAGCAACACGGAAACCUACGUGGAAGUUCUUGCGAGCAGUGCACCAGGUGAAGACCGAGGUGGACGAGGCGACGCUGUUGUUCUUGACGAUGUGGUGGACCAUGCUGUUCACCUUGUGGUGGGACAAUCUGCCUUGCUGCAGAAGGAGCUGCAAAUGCAUGAUCGCGGGGGCCACUCGGACGAUACUGAAAAUUCUCCUGCUGACCACCAGGUCGACCGCCGUCUUGGAUCAACACAUCAUCGCGAAGAAGAAGAACAACUGGGCGCUGGCGUUGAACAAGAUGCUGUUGUUGUUAACCACAACAAGUUGGAACAUCCCGUGGAAGAACAAGAAGCUGCUCAAGCAGACCUGCAUGACGAGGAACAAGGCGCGGGGGUCGACCACGACGAGGACGUCGCGUCUCCUCCGGAGUCUACAACUCAAGCCUCCCCGGGCUUUCUGCAGCGGCGGGAUGGAAGCUGUUUCUGGUGCAGCGGAGGAUCAAGUAAAAAAACAACUCCACGUCCACCCACGCCGCCGGCCAGUAUUAAGACCAACAUCCCGGCAGCUCCCCCUGUAUUGCAGCCUCCGCCCGCGACCACGAGGACGAGCACCAUCACGAUUCAAAGAGUCGCAGAGCCCCCUCCACCAUUCGGGCAGAAUUUGCCACUCCAGCAGGAGCCUGGGUUCUCUGGUGGCAACAGUCGCGUUCAUCUUCCGGAUGGUCGGGUGGGGAGGGGAGCAGCACCGCCGGGCCGAGACAACAUGUGGGCGCCACCGCCUGGCCAACAACAACGACAACCACUGCAGCCCCCCGCAGCGCCAGAAGUUAUGCCACGACGACGCGUCGGUGUCGGUCACGUACAACAACCGCGGCCUGCACAACAAGGUCUCGUGCCUUUGCCUCCGGAUGCCGUGCCGGCUCGCGCCCCCAACCCUCCACCGGGGGAUUCUUCGCUGGCCCCAGCCCGUCGUGAUUUGCAGACUGUGUGGUCUCCACCAGCAACGCCAGCGUGGUCUACUCCUUUGCAGCGGUCGUUUGGCGCAGCGGCCGAUGAAGGUAGUAGAACCAGGACGGAUGUGGCCACCUUAUCCGCUCCGGCUCCGGGCAAUCCACCUGGAGGACGUCGAAAUAUUUACGCGCAAGUUCCGGAGCAGCCUCAGCGAGGCCGCGUUGAUGAAAGUCAAAGAAGACCACCUAAAGCCGGGCCGUGGCUCCCGGCAGGCGGUGGCAUGCGCUCCUUGUCAUCUCGAUCUCCGCCCCAAUCUGCAUCUGUGGCUGCAAGUCGACCAGCAGCAGCAAGAGCACCAGCUGCGGCAGCAGAAGUAUCUUCAGGAGCAAAUGUAAGAACACCGGAACAGCAGCUGGAGGCCGCAGAGACUGAGCUGCGCGAGGCAACGGCACAGCUGGAAGAGUGGGAGCAGACUGGAAGAGUGGGAGCGCAUGAUCCGGAUUAUCUAAUUAGUUGGGUAUUCGAGGCAGCAGACGAACUGAAACGACUGGAGGAAACUCUGGGCGUUCAAUCCUGUUCUCCCAGGCGGCCAGGUGGGUUCUUUCCGGCCGGGUUUGCGCGGGACUUUGGAGGACUAGGACAAGCUGGCUUCGUUGGCGCACGUACACAACUGCGUGCACAACUGGACCGUGGGUGUCAAAAGCUGGCGAAUCUGAGCGGUCAGGAUUACGUGUACGACGAGCACAAAAAGGUAAGAGCAAGAAGUUGAAGUUGUAAAGUGAUUUUGUUUGCUCACCCAUCCAAUAGAAAUAAUAGUAAUACGAAAAUGUCGUCAAGCUCGAGUCCGCGAUGGGUCCGGCCAACACACCCAUACAAAAAAGAUAUAAGAUCACAAUAAAUUUCAAAUCCGCCCGUUGACAAUUGACAUUCCACAGCUUCCGAAGGAGGCGUGGGACCAAGCGAUUGAAUUCGAGAGCGCGAACUGGAGUGGUUACGGGCGCCCGCCAAGUGGAAAACUGACGCCGGGCGACACUGUUGUUUUACAGUGGAUACGCAAUGCGUAUUACGGCCACCUAUCCCUAUGGCACGGACUUUUGUUGUGCGCGUGAGGUUUGUUAUUUGUGUAAUUCCGGCCACCUUUGUUUUUGAUGCAGAUUAAUAGAUACGGAUUUUACGGGACAAAGAACAAGAUGUCUGUGCCGAUGUUCUAUAUGUCUCCAACAUAGUAAGUAUCACGCUGGGCCGGCUGGAAUAGAAGCCACUUUGUAAGCUUGGUCGCACAUCCUCCGUGUCUCCGUUUCAGAAAGUAGUAAAAGUGUAAGAAGACAAUCGGAAACGAAAUCUGACUAGAACUCAAGUCAUUGGUCUAGGUGGACGGUGCAUCUGUCCUUGAUAUUUUCGGAGUUUUGCUCCUGCAGUGUGCUGUUCUCUCAGGACAGAAAAGACGUGUCGGGUGGAAAAGAAAAUCUACAAUCGAUCUGGUGGCAAUACGGGCAGCGACGGAUACAAAUUUGAUGUGGUGAGCGUGCUUAUUCCGCCGUCAGAAAAGGAAAAGUAUGAACGGAUCUUCCCUGAAGAAAUGGACGAGGCGCAGUGCGGAAGUGGACCUUCCGGGCAGUUGCAGUCCUCUGAUACGCCAGCCCACCAGGCAGCUUACUCCACCGCAAGGGCACGAGUUGGUCGAACAACUGGAACUGGUGCUCGUCAGCUACAAGAACCCGGUCUGCAAGUUUCUCCACCGGCGGAUGCCGCAAUAUUAAGAGAGACGCUGACUACGGCUCCCCCCUCGGCGGCUGCUGGAAGACCGCCGGCGCCUACCUCUGCGACGCCGGAAAUUCGUCCUCGGGGGCAGCUGGGGCCCUUCUCUCCUGCGCGAUCCCCUUCGCGGGGACGGGCUCCCGCGCAGGUUCUAUCGACGUCAGCGCUGGGACCUCCACGCCCUGCUCCACAAGAGCGUCGACGAGCAGACACCCCCGCGUUUUCUUCAACUUCUGGCGGAGACGGAGGCAGCGCAGGUAGAAGUAGAAAUGCGCAACACCAACAAAGUCGAGCUCCUGCUCCUGGGAGGCAGCAGCAGCAAGCAACGAUGAGGACACCAGCAGCAAGAGCACCAGUUGCGGCAGCUGCAGCAGUACCAGAAGCAGGAAGAACACAGGAAGAACAGCGGCUGGACGCGGCAGAGACUAGGCUGCGCGAGGCAACGAAACAGCUGGAAGAGUACGAGAAGAGACCUUUUGACUCAGAGUCCACCAGAGCAAUGUAUCUUGCUGAUCAAACAAGUAUGGUACAAGGUGCAGUAGACGAUCUGAAACAACUGGAAGAAACCCUGAACGUUCACUCCUGUAUUCCCAGUUCAGGUGGGUUCUUUCACGAAAAGUUUAAGGAGUAUUUUGAAAACCGAGAUCUUUUGCCUGGACAAAAAACCGUGGGUGGGCCGUUUGCCGCAGGUGGACAACUUGACCGUGGGUGUCGAAUGCUAGGGAAAAGUAUCGGUCAGGAUUAUGUGUACGACUCCCACAAAAAGGUAUAGAAGUUGAAGUUGUAUGUAGUGAGGUCACGAACGUUCUAUCCUAGCGGUUUUUUUGACAGGCAGUGUGCAAAACGGCCGGCAGUUAUCAAGCGGGCGGAAGUGUUUUUUGACACAAAAAAUUUUCAAUUAUCAAGCGGCCGGCUCUUUGAAGUCAAUCAAACAAGCCCGAGCGGAUUCUAUCGAUUCCCGCUUGAUAAAACGACGCAAGGGAGCCGCCAAAAGGGGCGCCCUUCUGAGGCGCCCAGCGCACCUAUUUCCGCCGAUUUGGGGCGCCCAAAAAGGGAGGCCCAAAAAUUGGCGGCGGGAAAAAGAAAGCGAAUCCGCAUGCUAUGGGCGCCAUUUUGGCCAACUUUUGGAGGUCGCAAAGCCGACCCCAAAAGCGGGCACUUGUAAUGCGGGGAGCAGGGCAAAAAGUGCGACUUUUCAACAAAAAAAACUCAAAGAAUCAAACUCCGCAAAAAUUUGAGAGCCAAUCCGCAUGCUAUGGGCCCGAUUCGGGGCGCCCAUAGGGUCGACCCUGGCCGAGGCCCUGGCGGGGCCAUAGCAUGCGGGAAAGGCUUCCGGACUUGGGAGACACAAAGGCGGAGGCCUUUGGCUGUGAUUUUUGCCAUCCGCGACACCAUGCGGAGUAACAUUAUGCGCGACGGAAUACUCGAGGCAAAAAACGCGACUGCUUUGCCCAUUGGUGAAAUGCGUGGGAACAGUAAGGAAAAUGGAGGCGGGCAGUCAAAGAAACCGCCUUGGCCUCACUACCUCCGCGGACGCGGCUAUUAUUGGUAAUGUGAUUUUGUUUGCUCACCCAACCCACCCAAUAAUAAUAGAUAUCCGUAUCGUCGAGCUCCUCGAGUCCGCGAUAGGUCCGGCCAACACAUCCAUAUAAAAAAAAACUUGCAAUGAAAUAGUGACUUCAAAUCCGUGCCUUUAACAUUCCACAGCUUCCGAAGAAGGCUUGGGACCGAGCGAUAGAAGUCGAGCGCGAGAAGUGGAAGGCUUACACGGACCUCCGGCCUCCGACUGGACACCGGACGCGGGGGGACAGCGUUUUUGUAAACUGGAUACGCAAUGAGUAUUACGGCCACCUAUGGCACGGACUUUUGUAUUUGUUGUGCGUGUGAGGUUUGUUAUUUGUGUAAUCAUGACCACGGCCACCUUUGUUAGUUUUAGAGGCUGUACGAUUAAUCGACCCCCUUUUCGAUACCGAAAAGGGGGGUAGAAGCGGGAAUCUGACCGAGCUUACCCCCCCACGCCCCCCUUUUCGAAAUCCGGGGGCUGUUUAUCGCGAAGCCUAUCGCAAAUCUGAAUCCCGGCGGCACGGCGCGCAUCACGCCUUUCGCCGCUUUGUUUUUGCAAAAGCGCAGCGGCAGCCACAUGCGGUGCCCAGCUUCGCUGGAUUGCGAGGCACGCUACAGUGCGCAAAGUACACAGCGCCGACGCUAUGGAGCGAGUUCUCGUUUGUUCUUUUUCUUUUCGAAAAAAAAAGCCAAAGGGAAGCAAAGCAAAGCGAAAGCGACUCGCUUCCGCUUUCUGCUUCUCAAAAUAAAGCCGGCUCCCGAUCUCCCAAAACAAAGGGGGCGGCUUUCUUUCACAGAGCCCAGCAGCAGCACAGCUGCCCCGGAGUAAAUCAUCUCCAACUCGAUAGCGAUCCCAGUUGGUUGUAGACGUAGGCCGUGGACCUACUGCGCAGAAAAAGAGUUGCUUCGCAAUAGCUUGGGCGCAGUUUGUAGAGGUAGACCCAUUGCGGAGCAGCUCGACUGCUCAAAAACGGAGGCGGUUCGCAAUGCGUCAUGACGAAGCUUCUUCUCCUGUGAAGUAGCUCUAUUGCACAAAAACAGGGCUGCCACGCAAUAGACCACCAGGAGGCAGCUACUUGCGACGCAGCAUUGCACAACCAGCCUCGGGAUGUUGCAGCGACCAUCUCAGCACUUCCUGCAUUUGGAAAAGCUGAGGCGCCCACUUCGACCACUGGGGCGGCACGUUCUCCGCUGCAUGUUCUCCGCUGCGCGCACGCACCAGCGCGCGCCGCGAGCUUUUUUUCAGUUUGCGCGCGCGCAUCGCACGCCUGAAGCGUAUUCUGUUGUUGUAUCCGUAUGCCGAUCCGCGCGCGCGCCGCGCGCGCCCAAGAAAUUUCUGUUGUUGUGUUUCAUUCUGUUCCAGCCACACCGCAGAAACCGCAGCAGAAGAGAGACGCGCUGGGAAGCCGCAGUAAAAAAACGAAAGAGCUUUUUUUUGCCGGGGCGGGGAAAUUGCGGAUUUAGAUUUGAAGUCCGAAAAGGAAAAUUGGUCGGGUCCGGAGGGACCCGGCCAUGUCUGGAUACGUCCCGCCAGACGACCGACCGCACCUACCCCCCCCUUUUCGGUAUCGAAAAGGGGGUCCAUUAAUCGCACGGCCUCUUAUUUGAUACAGAUUGAUUACGGAUAGAAGAACAAGAUGCGCCGAUGUAUAAGUCUUCAGCAUGAUUAUAUCACGCUGGGCCGCCUGGAAUAGCCUCUUUGUAAGGUUGGUCGCACAUCCUCCGCGUCUCCGUUUCAGAAAGUGAAAGUGCCAAACAAGUCGUGUAAAUUGAUGAAAGAAAAAGAAAAACGGAAUUAUCUGACAACUCAAGUCAUUGCCCUAGGUGGACGGCGCAUCUGUCCUUGAUAUUUUCGGAGUUUUGAUCCUGCAGUGUGCUGUUCUCCCAGGGGAGAAACGACGUGUCGAGUGGAAAAAACAAUCCAAAUCGUGAAUCAACAUGGCGUCAGGAACAACAACAGACCCACGUUUGAUGUAGUAAGCGUUCUUAUUCCACGGUCAGAAAAGCAAGAGUAUGAACGUAUCAAGGGUAAAAACCUCCGCGCCGCAUUGACAUGGUGAAGAUGGGGAAUCUGCUACACAAAUCCGCAAGUUUUCGCUUUCAAGCAUGACAAGUGUUGUGGGCUGCUCGUAGAAGUGUAGUCCGGUUCAGCUAGUGUAAGCGCGCGACAAAUUGACUACCUCGUCCUGAUUCUAGCAUGACAAAGUCCCAGGUAGCAUUAGAAAAUGGUCCUCAUGGGGCUGCGCAACACGAGAGACGUUUUACGCUUGCAGAUUUGCAUGGGAGACAUUUUAUUACGCUUGCAGAAAAACAAAUCUAUGCAUGACAACUCGUUGGCGGAGACGUUUUUGCUCCGGUAAACGCAAAUGCCUCCGGACGUCGGCUGCGGAUAGCACGUAGCGGAAGUUGGUUUUUCGUUGGAGUCGCACGGGUGUCAAAAAUGGGAAAGCCAAGAUGUUUCUGACUUCUAUGGAGGUGUACGUGGACGACGAGUUGCCUGUGAAGAUUAAGAGAGAAAAAUAUAUAGUUUUUGCGGCCGGCAGAAGAGGCGCGCGCGUUAUUCAUUCUCUGCCUGGCAGUUGCUUCUGCGGUGGACGUGCAUCCAUCGCGGUUCAGCCUUCGCAGUGAGUUCUAGUAGGACGAAACACGAAUGGAAACGACGGUAAGGUAACGCACCCGCCCUGUAGUUCAGCAUAAAAAGCAACUGAUAUUUAUACGCAUACGCACGAUGCAUAAGCAUAUAUUCCAUAUUCGGCUUUUGCGAAGGCCACAAAUAUAUGGUCAAGGUCACACUCACGGCACUUCCACUUUCUCACAAACCAAUUAAACUCACUUUAAUGUAUAUAAAGCAAACCAAAAUUUUAGUACUCACUCGCUUAGCGCAAGGAGGUACCCGCCUCUUUUUUUUUUACAUCUCCUUCUUCCGCAGCAGCCUUUAAAUGUUUCUUGGUGUGAUCACAACGAAGCCGAUAAUUUUUUCCUCAUCUGUAUAAAAUAAAAAAUUAAUAUUAAAAUGUAUUGUCGUCUUGUAGUCUGUAGCAUGUCACGAUGGGUAGGACAUGAUGACCUCUUUUACAGCUUAUUCUUCAUCAAAAAUAUUAUGCAUCCAUCGAUAAAUAACAUCAAAGAACCGAUUCUAUUCCCAAAGAAAAACAAAGAUGAAAUGUGACUCAUUGGUUGGGCAAUGAACUAGAUAGCGUCUCCUCCUCCGUUUUCUUC